UUUCAAGCGAUCAUCAUUAUUUCUAUCUUCCACUCCAAACAUGAUCUACGAAGGUGUCUUGAAGGGUCACCGCGACUGGGUUACCUCCCUCGCGUGCCCCCAGCAGGCGGACUCCCCUAUUAAGGUGGUGUCGGCGUCGCGCGACGGGACCGCCAUGUCGUGGGUCGCCAACCCGGACCGCCACAGCAUCGAGAGCGACAACGCGAUUCCGGACCGCCGUCUGGAGGGCCACACCGGCUUCAUCUCGUCCCUGUCCCUGGCGCACACCAGCCAGUUCGCCGUCACCUCCUCCUGGGACCGCUCGCUGCGGCUGUGGAACCUGCGCACCGGGCAGUGCGAGCACAAGUUCCUCAAGCACACCAAGGACGUCCUCGCGGUCGCUUUCUCGCCGGAUGACCGCCAGAUCGUCUCCGGCGGCCGGGACAACGUCAUCCGGGUGUGGAACGUGAUGGGGGAGUGCAUGCACGAGCUCACGAACGACGGUCACGAGGACUGGGUCAGCAGCCUGUGCUUCAUUCCCAACCAGGACGAGCCGGUACUCAUCUCCGGCGGGUGGGACCACAAAGUCAAGGUAUGGGAACUCACCAAGGGCAAGUGCCGCCGCACGAUCGACAAGCACAAGAGCCAAGUCACAGACGUCGCCGUGUCACCGGAUGGCUCACUCUGCGCCUCCGGUGACAAGGAGGGGGUCGUGUGCCUGUGGGGACUCGCCAAAGACGAGCACAUCGUUAAUAUUAACCUCGAAUCCCCGAUCAACCAGAUCGCCUUCUCGCCGAGCCGCUUCUGGAUGUGUGUGGCAAGCGAGAGGAAUGUCCGCGUGUACGAUCUGGAGGCGAAUAGUAUUAUCAUCGAGCUCACCCCCGAGUCCACCUCGAAGCGCGCCCCGGAAUGCAUCUCCAUCGCCUGGUCCGCGAAUGGGAACACGCUGUACACGGGCUACACUGACAAUCUCAUCCGCGUCUGGUCUGUCAGCGAUAUUUAAGGAGUAAUAAAUAAGACAGAAGCGCCACCUCCCUGACCUCGGGGCAUGCGAUCUCGGUGUGCUGACCUUGGAGGGAGAAUGAUUUUUCGCUUGUUAACAAGAAUUGGUUUACCUUAAUUUCAUUUCAUAAUUGAUAAUAAUAAAAAAAGUGAAAA